AAGUACUCGAUGUAGCUAAGAAUUUGUGCCUUAAAUACUAUACAUCUUCCUUUUGAGUAGAGCAUAAUAUGCCAAUAAAGAUCAUCAUGGAUUCCGCCCUAGAAUUAAUUUUCGUUCUGAAAGCAUGGCGUGUGGUUGUUUUGGUGAUUGGUAUUCUUGGCAAUUUGAAACUAGCUGAAGGAGACAAUGAGCAUGCUGGAAGAAAACUUGUUGAUCAUGUUCCAGGAUUCAUAAGCAUUGAUUGUGGAUCAACCAACGAUUACUUCGAUAAAGACACUGGUAUAUCUUACAAGUCAGAUACAGGUUUUGUAGACACUGGGACAAAUUAUGUCAUAUCCCCUGAAAACUAUUCAGAUAGUACUUUCUGGCGGCAAUUAAUUAAUUUGAGAAGCUUUCCUCAAGGAAGAAAGAAUUGUUACACCCUGAAACCUGAACAAGGCAAAAACAGUAAUUAUAUCAUCAGGGCUGUCUUUCGCUAUGGAAAUUAUGACAAGAAGGAUGAAUUUCCCAAGUUCGACAUAUAUGUUGGGGUUGAUUAUUGGACCACAGUUGAAGACACAUCGACACAUCUUCCUUCUUUGAUUUAUGUUCCAACGUCUGACAUCAUAUACGUCUGUUUGAUAAAGACGGGAUCUGGAAUACCUUUCAUUUCGGCCUUGGAGUUACGUCCUUUGGACAAGUCCCUUUAUCCAUUUGACUUCGGAAUGCUACAAAAUGGCUUGCGAUUCAACCUGGGCACCUCAAGUGAUGAUGAGGAUUUUGUCAGGUACAAGAGCGAUGUUUAUGAUCGAAUCUGGUAUUCUGUUAGAACGUUAUCAAACUGGGUUCCGACCAAUACCUCCUUAGCAAUUGACAUGCAGGGCAGCAACGAUAGUUAUAAACUACCACUAGAAGUGUUGAGAACUGCCUUCCGGCCACCAAGUGGUUACCGUGCCUUACAUUUUGACGGCGACGGUUACGUAUAUAACUCUAGAAGUUAUGUUUGCUUUCACUUUGCUGAAAUUGCAAAACUUACGCAAGGAAUGAAAAGAGAAUUCAUUAUUGAUGUGAAUGGGGGAAACUAUAUCUCAAAACCUAUAAUACUUGACCAUUUAAAGCCACUUUCCAUAUGUCUCAAUAAAAUAUUCAAUAGCCCUUUUAGUUUUUCUAUUAAUGCAACAACGGGGUCCGACCUUCCCCCCAUCCUCAACGCCUUUGAGAUUUAUGCUGUAAUCUCUCCCUCCCAUCGAUUCAAAGCAACCGACUCAAGAGAUGAUGCAAAUAAGUGGUGGAUAUGGCUCAUUGUGGCAGUAGGGGGAUUCAUCAUCGCCUUGUUGUGCUUAUUAUGCUAUGCAAAAGUGAAAAAACGCAUAGCGGAAGGGGAGAGAAAGAAGAAACAAAAGAUACUUCUACAAGAACUUAGAAGUAACGCAAUAUCGUCCACUGUACGUGACAAAGUGAAGAAACGAAAUAACGAUAGGCAAGAUAGCCAUGAAUUGGAAAUCUUCAGCUUUGAAACCGUUUCUGCUGCCACAAGGAAUUUUUCAACUAAAAAUAAAUUAGGAGAAGGUGGUUUUGGACCAGUUUAUAAGGGUGAAUUAUAUGAUGGGCAGAAAAUAGCAAUAAAGAGACUCUCAAGAAGUUCUGGACAAGGAUUGGUAGAGUUCAAGAAUGAAGUUAUUCUUAUUGCCAAACUCCAACACACAAAUCUUGUAAGAUUGUUAGGGCUUUGCAUUCAGCAAGAAGAAAAAAUUCUAAUCUAUGAGUACAUGUCCAACAAAAGCUUGGACUUCUUUCUCUUUGGUAGGGUGUAUGAUCAUUACAAGGAAAAUUUUCUUAUUGGAUAUUUGUUUUUUUAUUAUACACAAUCAAUUAUUACUUAUCAUUUGCUUGCAAUUAUUUUCUACUUUGAGUCAGAUUCUACUAAAAAGUCUUUAUUAAAUUGGAAAAAACGCUUCAACAUCAUUGAAGGCAUUGCUCAAGGACUUCUUUAUCUUCACAAAUAUUCAAGACUAAGAGUAAUUCACCGAGACUUAAAAGCAAGCAAUAUUUUGCUUGAUGAGGAUAUGAAUCCAAAAAUUUCUGACUUUGGCUUGGCUAGAAUAUUUGGGUUGAAAGGAUUAGAAGAAAACACAAAUAGAAUUGUUGGAACAUAUGGUUAUAUGUCUCCAGAGUAUGCCAUGAAUGGUGUUGUUUCAAUAAAAACUGAUGUAUUCAGCUAUGGAGUCCUACUAUUGGAAAUCGUGAGCAGCAAGAAAAAUAAUAGUUGUUAUCACUCUGAGUAUCCACUCAACCUUAUAGGAUAUGCAUGGCAGUUAUGGAAUGAAGGGAAAGGUUUGGAGCUAAUAGACCCAACAAUAAUAGAUGAGUCAUCCCCUUCAUCUGAAAUAUUGAAAUGCAUUCAUGUUGGUCUUUUAUGCGUACAAGACCUGGCAACAGAUAGACCUACCAUGCAAGAUGUUGCAAUUAUGCUUUCAAGUGAAAUUGUUCAACUCCUUCCUCCAAAACAACCUGCAUACCUUAUCAACAUUGUUCAAGAAAAAUCAUCAGAGGUUUCUGAAAUUAAGCCAGAAAAUUGUUCCAUAAAUGAUGUUACAAUUUCAGAGAUGAAAGCGAGAUAAAUACUAAGCUAGGGUGGUUACAAGACCACCUUGACUUGCCCAAAAAAAAAAAAAAAAAAAAUCAUUCUUGCAAAAGAAUAUUUUAUGUAAACAAUUUGUUUUAAACUAAACUGUUUUGUCUACCCUACAAAAAGUUAUUGCCCACCUAACUUCAAGAAUUUGGGUUCAACAAGAAUAGAAUAAUAUACAUCUACAGUACUUUUAUAAUAA